GGCGGCGGCGGCGGUGCUGCAGGGUGCACGGCGGGGGCGCUUCCGAGGUCCCGGUGUCCCGGCGGUCCCGCGAAGGCUAUUCCUUGACUUGGCCGCACACCUCCUUCUUCCCAGGUCGAGGCCAGCGCCGGCACCAUGUCGGCCUACCCCAAGAGCUACAACCCGUUCGACGACGACGCGGAGGACGAGGGCAGCCGGGAUUCCCGCGACCUCCCCGACGGGUCCAGCGCGGCCGCGGACAGGCAGCAGAGCCUACGGCAGGAGGUGUUACGCAGGGCCGAGGCCACGGCUGCCAGCACCAGCCGGUCCCUGUCCCUCAUGUACGAGUCCGAGAGGGUCGGCGUUGCUUCUUCCGAGGAACUCAUCCGUCAGCGAGGAGUCUUGGAACGCACAGAGAAGAUGGUGGACAAAAUGGAUCAAGAUCUGAAGACCAGCCAGAAGCACAUCAACAGCAUCAAGAGUGUGUUUGGGGGGCUCGUCAAUUACUUCAGGUCCAAACCAGCAGAGACCCCCCCUGAACAGAACGGUAUCCAGGCUGCUCAGCCCAACAGCAGAUUGAAAGAAGCCAUAACAACAAGUAAAGAACAGGAGUCAAAGUACCAGGCCAGCCACCCAAACCUCAGAAAGCUGGACGAUUCAGACUCCAUCCCCAGAGAGACUAGCACUGCUGUGAAUUCUGACACUUACCCCAAGAAUCCACACCUUCGUGCUUAUCACCAGAAGAUCGACAGCAACCUGGAUGAGCUGUCCAUGGGACUGGGCCGCCUAAAGGACAUAGCCUUGGGUAUGCAGACAGAGAUCGAGGAGCAAGAUGACAUCCUGGACCGGCUCACAACCAAAGUGGACAAGUUAGAUGUUAAUAUAAAAACCACAGAAAAGAAAGUCCGACAACUUUAAAGCUGGAGGUUUUCCACUCCAUUGUGAUGAAGAGAUUCGAAAGGUCUUUUUUUAAAUGCCCAAGAAAUUCACCUCCUAUUUUAGUAUGUAAUUUACUGCGUGUUUGCAAAUGUUGUACCAGAGUGGGUUGUAAGAGAUUUUAUUGUUCUGAGGAAGCGUGUGUCCCACUUUCUUGGGGUCAACAUCUUUCUAAGUUCCUUCAACUGAAUACUUAGCAUUUUAGUCCAGGCGCAGUAGCCUGGCCCUGAAUAUCUCAGGCCUCUGUUUACUGGGAUGAGAAGAAAGAGUUGCAUUUCUCACUUUAAUGAGCAUAUGGAAAAUGUGGGGAGAAUUUCAAUCUUGGAACUGCCAACCCUUUCUGUGUUUGCUGUAGCUCUCAUUCCUCAGCCUUCCCAUGAAUCACAGUGCUGAGGGGCCAUGUGGGGGAGGGGGUCUUCCACACCUUUGUUGAGCAGCCAUCAUCCCCUCCCACACUGAGCACAUUGUGAUUUUCAACCACCCGGAAAAGACUCCAUUAGAUUGGGGAAUGGAGUGUGGCAGCGUUCUUUGCUGUUUUAGAUAGCUGUCCCCCUUCCCCCACCGUCCCUCCAUCUUUGGCAUGGGUUUUAGUAGGAGGGCUCCAAACAGCAUGGCUCAUUUGCCAUCUGGACCCCGUGUGGUCAUCUCUAGCUCUCUGACUGUGGUUGGGAACAGAGUCUCUACUGGCUCAAGGCUGCCUGGCUGACCGACUGGGCGGCCCCAUAGGAUUUAUGGGAACAGAGGAUCACAUAGACACGAUUUGGAGGUUAAUGGUCAAGCAGGGGUCUCCUUCCACUGAGCACCCCACCCUUCUUAGAGUCACCCUGUUGACCAGGCUUGGGGUGUGUGGCAGGUGUUUAUUUAGUACCUGGGGUCUCCUGACUUAUCCAGCAUCCCCACCCAUGCUCCUUGCAGAGGGUGAUUUGAGCCAAGGUGACGAGACUCACCCCUUUGUUCUCGGUCACCCAAUUUCAGGACUGGAACUCAGAGUUCCACAAAUGAUGCUGACUUUGUGUAGAAGCAUUUGGCUUAAACACACACGUGAUCAUUUUAAUUGGUCCAGCUUGUUCUCUCUUUUCAUCUUACAAAAAAGAUCCUUUGAAAGCAUGUAAAAUUGAUUUCUGUAAUAAAAUGAGUUUCUUUUUGUUGGGACUGCCAAUGAAA